AUGUAUGCUGAAAGUAGUCAUUAUGCGAAAAAUUUUGGAAGCUCCUUGACGAUGUUGUCCGGAACUGUCCGCGAAACAUUGAGUGCCAAGAAAGUUCCAGGUUGGAAGGACGAAAGGUUCACUGCAAUCGUUUGCUCCGCUAUCGUGCCAUCGAUGGUUCCCGAACGUGCGGAUCGGGCGCAUUCCUUACAUAUCAAUUCGGCACUGAACCACAGUUUUGUAGGUGCGCCUUCCCCUUCGCGUGAGAACUCGCAGGUACAAAAUGCAUAUUACCACCAUGGAUCACGUACAGAGUCUCCGCCAGAGAGUAGUAGCAUGACUGCUACAGAAAGCGUGCGUUCUUCUAUGCUACAUCGCGAUACCUCAUACAGCUCCCUCCGGAACCUAAGCUUGUAUCAUCUCACGGCCAAACAGCACUUUUUGAUCGCUAUAUGCAGAGACAUAUCCUUGCUGCCCCCUAUUUGCUCCGGGAUUUCUUCUUUACGCAUUGCAUGGGAGUUCAUAUCUGCACCUGAAGGCGACAGGCAAUAUCCACUGUCUGUGGUGGCGGUUUUCCGCCGUUCAUUACUAAAAUUCGUCAAGCGAACUCUCCGCCAGCAGAACGGUGAACUGGGAGACGUGGGCGCAAUCAGCCGCCUGUCUUCACCGCGAGACGCAUUAGACAACCAUACAUGGCUGCAGAGCGCGCUAAGGUCGACGCGCAGCUCAGAGUACCUGUUGUGCUCUCUCUGGUGCCUCGUCUCAAUGUACCUCUCCUAUUCUAUUCUCGAUUCGCUCAUGGUACGCUGGAUUAUGAAAUAUUCUACUUUUGCCGCCAUUUUACGCAUCUUUUCGAUGUCUUUGAUGAUUGUUACAGUUGAGCUGCUGCUCUUGUCUUCGCUAUCACCGAACGCGGAAUACUAUCUCCACUCGUGGAUCUUGAUCAGUUGCAUUCUCACAGGAGUUUAUAUAUGGCAGAGCUUUCUCACUUCAAACUUGAGUUAUAUUGAAGACAAUACAACCUCUACAACCUCCGAACCUUCUACCAACUUAUCUUCAAGCGCCGGCGCCUCGAUUAUUCGCACUGACAGUCUCGAAAAUACGAAUCAAGCACCUGUAUUGAUUUCAGCAUUUGGUGAGCAAUCACAACUACGCUCUCCCGUCCGGAGGAAGAGGCUGAAGAAAUUUGAUUUCAGUUUCUCUAAGAAGCGAUCUAUUGACCUGUAUAAUAUCACCGUUUUCUGUGUUGUACCUGUUGGACUAGCAAGCUUUGUUACAAUGCUUGGCCUUCUCCGGAACCUUAUUAUCCAGCGAUUGGACGUUGAACAACUUGAUAGGCUUUUCAAAGAAAUGUCACAGGAGUAA